AUGCUACCGCCAAUCGACGACUCCAUCCUCGAGGCGAAUCCCAAAUUCGCCGCUCUCCAUUCCAUCCUCGCCAAGCAGAUCCUGAAUCCAAACGGCUCGACGAAGUAUCACCCCGCGCAGAAAGAGCGCGAUGCCGUCUCGGAGGCAUUGAAGAUCUCACGAAUCCGCAGCGCGAAAGCCCAACUCCUCAAGUCCACCGUCCAAAACCUCGACCUUUCCUCCCCCGCUCCACCAGCACCACCAGCAACAACCACAUCAAAACCCAGCAGCACCCGACUAUCCCACUCGCAAGCCGCAAGCAAACCACCCACCACCAGCCUCCCAGCCGACCUCCUGGAGCUUAUCCUCCUCCUCUCCUCCCACCUCUCCGCGCCUCAAAUCCCGCCAUCCCAGCAGAAGCUCCUAGCUAGCACACCCCACUGGGCCUCUCUCGCGACGCAGCUCCCCCGCAACGUCGGACCCCUCCUCUCCACCUCCCUCCAAGCCGCCGCUCUCGCCCUCUGCAAGAUCCUCACGCCCUCCACCAACCCCUCCUUCUUGCACCGCAGCAUCCCUCGGCUCGUGCCCACGAUAACCGCCCUACAGGACGAGGGCGCGCAGAAACGCAGCGAGCUGGCCGCGCGCCGCGCCGCACUCGUCUCGAACACCACGACGCUGCUGACCCUGCAUCACCUAGCCGCGAGCCUGAUGAUCCGCAUCUUGGAGCAGACGGCGCACGGCGCGGUGGCGCGUCACCUCAAGAGCAGGGCAGACUUCCUGGCGCUGCGGGCGGUGCAGGUGGCCUGCGAGGCGGCGGAGAAGAAGGCCAAGGGCGAGAGGAUCGUGUAUAGCGAGGAGGUGCGCCACGCGUUGGAGAAUUACGUCAGGGAGUUGAGGAGUGGGCAGGAGAGAGGGCGAGAGAGAAUGCGUAUGGCGGAGAGGACGUUGUGGGGGUAUGGUGUUGGAAGGGAGGAGGGAGAGGAUGGCGGGGAGAAGGAGAGGGUGUUGAAAGCCUUGGCUAGAGCGUAUGGAGAGCUGGUGAGGGAACUGGAGGAGGUAGGGAGGGAUGUGGAGAGGUUGAGGGGAAAGUAG